UGCCCGCGCAGGAUGUCGCCUGACGCGAGCUGGCGACGGUGCCGCAGGCCUACCACGGGCGGGGCAUGGGAUUGAACGCGGUUCAUACCGGCAGACAGACAGGCAGACAGACAGACAGGCAGACCCUUGUUCCUUGUGGAUGAAAGUGCGCGUGGUGACAGGCUCUGCGUUGAACGCGCUGGCGACAGCAAAACGAUGCGCACAGAAAAUGCGCACAACAAAGAGGAACCUCCUUCCCCUUUUGCCUCCCCAUCCUACCCUCGGCGAACGUGAGCAUGGCGUGUGACAGAGGAGUGGCCGGGGCACGCGACAGUUAUACAUAUGAAUGAGCUGGCGGGGGGAAGGGGCGUCUGGGACUGCUGGCAUGAGGGAACGCCGCACACAGGCGAGCUUUCGCAGACUCGCCAAGAUUCGAGGCAAGACGCGGGUAUAUAACCACCCGCAUCUGCAAGCAUCUUCCGGAUCCACCAAACUUUUGUCAGAUGGGAGCGAACUCCACGUCACUCAGCCGCUACUGUUGCGACAGACCAAUCACGCAUAGACAAUCUUUUCUUCUGACCUUUGGCACCGCGCGGUGCACCAUGUGAGGAACUUGGCCUCUUGACAUAACCUGCGACUUUUACUGUCAACACUGCCACCGACUUUUCCAACAUUUCGAUACCAGCAUCUCCUGAGGCAGAAAAACUCGAACAAUCCUGUGACGUUUCCACAACAGUAUUCACGUACCAGCGAAGCGUUUUGGUCGACGUUGAAAUAGUCCUAAGUCUCACUGUACCCCACCCCAGGUGCGAUCCCCCUUUCGGAAUCAAUACAUUUUUUCGACGCUUGCUAAGUGUACCCGUGUGCACGAACCUGGUCGUCAGGUGUUGAGAACGUCUGGUCGAGAGGUAGCCUCUACACCUCGACCUUAUCGUCUCCACCGACGUCCGCUGUUGUGUACAGAGUAUCGUUAUUCAGACGUUAUAUGGACGUUGUGCAGUUUGUUGUCACCCUCCGCCCCACAUCCAGUUCCCAAGUGCCUUUAGUCACCGAGAGUGCCUUUGACACCGGUGUCUGCACCGACACUGGCCUCGCACAUUGUUGUGGACUGUAUCGUCUUUGUUGCUGGAAUCCUUCUCCAUUGUGACGUGUCCAGAGUGACGUUCCGCACCCCACGAGCCUGUGAAGUCAGCGAGUGACGAACUUCGGACACGAGGACAGACGCUGUUUACCGGAACUCGUUGACUUCGGAGUUGUCCAUGCCCAACGGAAGAUCACCAACAGCGCGCAUUCCUCGCUCGAACUCAUACCCGAGAGGCUCGGGGCUCGCAGACGUCUGGUAUUGAUCCAAGGACCUCGGAGUUGGCAGGAUGCCACGGGGGUUCCUCGUUAAGCGCUCCAAGCACCUGACGGUGUUCAGUUACAGGGAUCGCCGCUACUCAGAUGACGAACGAUGUAGCGACAGCGGGUCCGAGUUGGACAGUCCCUACCCCUGCUUCGGGUCACCGGACUCUGGCUACUCGGCCAGUCCCGUGGCGCUGACGGCCAAAGAGAAGGCCAGCACCUGGGAUCGCGAGAACUCGCAAAACCUCAGCAACGCAUGGAGCCCCAUGAUUGCAAAAGGAGCCGCUGUCCAGCCACCCGUUUCUCCGGCCCUGAACCUCUCGGCCCCAUGUACACCUGCUGAAAAGAGAAUGGCGUCGCCCAGGACGACCACGCUUCUGACUGUAGGGCGGACACCAGGCGGCAACCCUUCUCCUCUCGCCUUCACGGCCUUCGACACUCUCAGUCUCUGCGCGGACAAGGUCCUUGGUUCGAACCUGUACACGCCGUCCAAACGCAGCACGUCCUUGUCCCCUGCCCCUAACAGCCCCAGCAGGAAGCGUACCGGAAGCGGAGGCGGCGGAGAGACCGCGGAAGGAGCACCUGGAACCGCGAAGAAAUGCCAAAGCACGCCCAAGAAACCAAAAGCAGCGCGCAAGAUCAACUUCGACAUCGUGGACACAACAUCCCCCGUGUCGGGUACGAUCAUCCGAGAACUGUCGGACAGCGACGAGGAGGGUAAGGUGACGGUGUACGGCGACAUCGAGCCUAGCUUCAACGUGGUAGAGAUCACGCCCGAGGCGCGCGCUGAGCUGGAGAAGAUCGAGAACAAGCUAGGUGACUACAUCUGCCAGCUGUGCAAGGAGGUCUAUGAGGACGCCUUCCAGCUGGCCCAGCAUCGCUGCUCGCGCAUUGUCCACGUGGAAUACCGCUGCCCUGAGUGCGACAAGGUCUUCAACUGCCCAGCCAACCUUGCCAGCCAUCGCCGCUGGCACAAGCCUCGUCCUGCUUCGUCUUCGUCAUCAUCAACUGGCAAGGAAAGAUCCCCAGCGACUGGUAGCAGGACAUUGGUCCCGGCUUCAGCUGUGUUGAACACCCCGUCCACGGCCUCACCUCCUCAUGGAGAAAAAGUUCCUGCAGGUAGCUUCAUCACAGGGAUGGUUCCCACGGCAACCACGGACCCAGAAAAGCUUCUGCUUAUGCGUUUCGGUGAAGGUAAGCGCGGCGCUGCGUCAGAAGUGGAGCGGAAGUUGGACGUCGCGGUGACGGCGGCGAAGGCGGUCGACGGCGAGGUUGAGCAGUAUUUCGGCUGCGACACGUGCGGCAAGAAGUUCCGCCGCCAGGCCUACUUGCGGAAGCACACUCUGAUUCACCUGAAUGGAGGGGCAGGUGAGGGAGAUGCCAGCACUUGUCACCUGGACCCAUGCCAGGUGUGCGGCAAAAUCCUGCUGAACGAGAAUGCGCGGGCCAAACACGACGCGGAGCACGUGAACCAACAGAACAACAACGUCAUCAACAACAAUAACAACAGCAGCAGCAGCCCUACAACCAACAUCAGUUCCCCCGCUGUCAACGUCAACAACAACAAUAAUAAUAACAAGCCUGUACCUAUGGACAACAACAACCUGAACGUCAACUACGUCGCCCAGACCAGUCCCCUCAGCAUCCUGUCCACCCACAUCCCUGCCGCCUCUACCAUCACCCCAACCAGCACAACAGCCGCCGCCACCAAAGUGAUGAGCUGCGCUAUCUGCGGACUGACGUGCGCGGGCAAGGUUGCCAUGGACAAACACGUGCGUUCGCACGCGCGCGAGACGUUUCCUUGCAAAUACUGUGACAACACGUUCUUCAGUUCACCCGGUUUGACACGUCACAUCAACAAGUGCCACCCGACAGAGAACAGGCAAGUCAUCCUUCUGCAACUUCCGGUCAGUCGCCCUUGCUGAAAGAUGCAAAGUUUGUGUGUCUUUGUCUCUUGGAAUGGCCUAAUCCAGGUUACUAUACCCCUUUAUCCGUUUUAUUUUCUUGAGGGAUAUAGUCUUGGGUAGGGAGAAGUUAACCCUUUGUCUUAUAUAUAUAUGUAUAUUACUCAUUCCACCCCGCAUGCCACGUUUCAUAUUCCAUUUAUUAUUUUUUUAAUUGCAGGGUUAUGUAUAAUAAAUCAUGGCCUUAAGAACAUGUGUUGCAUUGAGAAGGGUUAGUACAACAGCAGGCCUUGUCCAUGGAUGUUUUCUUAUGAGAGUGGUUCGUCGUUUUGCCUGCUCCCUCUUUGUUUUGUUGAACAAAAGAUGUUCAGUUGUUGGCUGCACUGCAGCAGGCUGCAGCAGGCGGCUGAGGUUCAAUGGACCUGACUCAGGCCCUUCUUUAUUUCGUGAGACUGACGACCAGUUUUGCUCUGUUGUUUUGUGUAUCGACUUUCGUGCAGCUGCUACCCGAUGUUAAACAUAAAUUCAGAAAUUAGUCUUGACAAAUUGCCACAAAAUUAUGAUGCCAGCAUUUAAAAUUCCACGCUUGCCUGAUUCCAGGGUGUAAUUAAACACAACUAUUUUUUAAAUGUGAAACACGUGUGUGUCAGCCGCUGAGAGAGGUACUUGGGUAUUGUUCUCCACCCCGGAUGGGUCAAAUAAGUUCUCCAGCCAGGGUGUCACUUGUCCGGCCAAACUCAGUUACUUUCUUUCCUACCGUCCUGGUCAUACUUUGUUUCUUGUUUUCCCUGCCCCAACUCUUUCCGCUCAUUUUAAAAAAAAAAAUCUGGUUAGUAAAAAGAAACAUAAUUUGGAACUGCUUUAAAAUUCAGCAUCAUGAAUAUAAUUUUUUCAACUUUUUCAUUGUACAAUAUAUAUUUAUGAUUUUAUUCUCUCUGGAGUCUGUAUGUUUCGUAUAUUACUCCUUAAAACUAUACAUUACACCAAUCGUGUCUUUCUGUCUUUACAGGCCAGCAGGCUUGUCUGAGAAGUUUAGGUCUAGUUUCCCAUUUUCUCAUUUUUGCCCCUUUAUUCUUUUCUUUUUAGUCCCCUUCCCAAUCCCGCCCCAUCUACCCUCCCCCCUCACGAGAAUUGUUCCUCCUGAGGUCUGUCACCUGUCAAGAAACGACAGGUGUGAGCUGUCUUCUCGAUCACUCUUGCUAGUGAAGAACAGCGUUCAGAAAAAUGAAUUUAAAAAAAAAAGAAGAAACCAUCUUUACUCACAAUCCACACAGUUUCACAAUUUUAUUCUAUUUUGCUUGCGUUGUGGCUGUCAGUGUCGCGCGCUUUUCUGACAAAUGGCAUGAAGCUGGAUAGAAAGUCUUAGUGGAACUCCGGGGUCAAGCUCCGCAUGUCCUCGGGUAUUCGGCCAUCUUGACUCCCUGACGAUGCGGACUCAACUGCUGGGUCCAGCCUACACAUAGGCUAAUAAAAAUAUUUCGAUCCAACUUCUUUCCUAACCUUCAAAUCAAUAAAUAAAUAGUUGCAUAGGAACCAGGACAUGGGCAGGAGGGGCAGUCGCUCCUCUUAGAAAAGAUAAUGAAAAGGUCAAGAAUGUGAACGUUGUUCACUGUCAGCAUGAAGUUUGUACCACCUCCUCCAACCCGAAUAUCAUCCUACGCCUCUGAUAAAUAAAUAAUUGUUUACUCAAUAGCAAGGAGAAGAAAUUAAACACGGUUGUAAUCUUUCCAUGCCGGCGAUAAUAAACAAUGAGUCACGUUCACUCUUGAAAGAUAAAAAGAAAAGCAAGCAUACCACAGAAUCCGACUGGAAUUCAAAGCCAGACAAAAUGUUGAGGACCUUUUUCAAAGUCCACGUGAGAGUAGCAGACAAACAAUGUUCUCCAUUCGUUUGUUUGUCUGUCCACCCGUUCAAUUCAAACGUUUUUAAUUUAUAACCGAAGUGGCUUGCCGGUUUGAACGCUUACCCGAACACAUGCAAGCUACACGCAGAUGGAGAGAGAGAGAAAGGGACAAAGAGCCAUUAAGGAAAGCACAUUGCCGUGCCGUGUGGCAAAGCCAUUUCCGCUGUGAGAGAGCUCAUAAGGCAGUCCUGUCCUUGCCUUUUCUUCUCCCAUCGACCUGUGGUACGCAUGCGCAGGCCGCCAUACACGGUUUCUUGUGUUCUGACAGAAUCCCACUCGCCUCCUAGUGAGCGAGCAUAGACUAUUGAGUCUAUCAGUCUCGCCUGAAGAUGUUCCGUUCUGUCUGCAGUGGGAUCCGAACCCAGGGCGACGUGAGGCCCACCCCAACCCCACCUACACGAUGUUCUCAGUAGACGACCUGCCUAACGGCUACCUACCCCGGUGACAUUCACAUCAAACAACAAAUUCCGUCCAAAAUUAUUUCGGUCACGUGACCUCGAGACUAGAUCGCCCAGAAGGCGAGAUGUACGGUUCUGUGACAGUCCUGCCGAGGUGCUCCAAGUCAGUUCCUCCUCCCAUCCCAACCCUUGUGACAUUGUGACAGUUCCACGCGACCAGGUCUGUGGCGGUGGAGACCCAGGGCCGCCAUGAUGCCAAGGGAAGCAAAGCUGAAUCAGUGUGUCACGUGCUCACUGAUGAUGUCUCCGCGCGCGUGCGUGUCGCCUCCCUGUCGGAUGUCGUAGAUGUCUGAGAGGUUUUCCAGUUGCUGGGAAUGGAAUCGGAUUUGGUGUAACAGUACCGGAGUGUCGGUCACACCGACACGCGCUGCUUAGAAUAGAAACAACAUUCGGGCUGUUUGUUUAUUCGCUUGUAUUGUGUGUGAGAGAGAGGGAGGGAAUGAGAGAGAAAGGCUGUGUGUGUCCUUUCAGUUCAUAUUUCACAAUUGUGCCUUACACACUACGGAUCGCUUUUAAAAAUGCGUUUGCUAACGUUUCUUCAAACUCCCCUCCCCCUGUUGCGAAGAAAGAAGUAAAAAAAAAAAAAAGUCUGUUUUCGCAACAUUUCCUUUUUUGUUUUCUUUUGAACUCCCUGAUUUUUUUUCUUUGCUUAGAAAUUUUAGAGAAAAGGGAAACACCUUUUUAAAAUAUCGGACACGCUAGAUUUGAUUCGCAUCUACUCUCCUCCCAUAACUGCCUUUAUUGAGUACCUAACGACCUUUGAAAGUCAGCAGCUGAACCAAGUAAAGAUGUGAAGCAAGAUAGCUGGAAGGGAAAAGUAGAAAAAACAGAGAAAGUGAAAGAAAAGUAAAACAAAAACACGCGAGGGCACGCGAGGGCAGGUUUAAAAAAAUUGUUCCAACUCCAUCAGUUUAGCUACUACUGCUGUCGUUACUGCUGUAAGAUCAAAGACUUAUGACCGACGCAAUAAAUCAGUUGUACAGUCGUCAGCUGCCUCCACAGUCACGCGCGUGACGUCAUCACUAAAAACAGACAAUGAGCAGGCGAUGCGCAUCACCUGGCAGUGAACUAUGACCUCACUGCGGAAGCAGACACGUGGACGGGCGGAUCAGCGUCGUCAGACAGCAUCAACAUGAAUGACGUUAUCGCCGUUAUCGACUGUUCCUCGUCGAACGUGUCGGCUGCGCUCAGACAUCGUCGCAAAUAACUGUUCUGCGCAAUAUUCGAACAUUCCUUCGGAGCCUGAAGCAGGUCGUGAAACAGCUUUGUGUGUGUGUUGGGGGGAGAUGGAGGAUAGGGGGUUGGGGGAGGGUUGAUGUAGUUUCUCGUUGUUUUAUUGACUUCGUGUUAUAGGCCGCGAGACGCCGGCUACAGGCCUCGGGGGCAGCUGCCCGUAUCCCGGGACCGACGAGAGUGGCAGAUGUGCUCUUUCGAUGAUAAUGGGGCUCUCUGUCAACUCGCCAGCCAAACUCUGAUGUCGGUGGGGUGAGAAAUGUCGCACACUGCGCAGUACAGAUGUUAGCUUCGAGUACAAUCGCCAUGAAACACGAGGCGCAAACAACCGUCAUGCCCUCCUUUUUAAUGGUUGUUGUUACAGAGACAUAGUCACGUGACCAACCCACCGACUUAGGGAAAAAGACUCGAUUAUUGACUCGUCGGUAGCGAAAAUAUUCUAUUCUGCACGAAAAUAUACAUGUUACUCACAACCGAUGGAUUGAACUCAUUAACAAACUCGAACAACCGAGAACAUUCGAGAGUAGGAGGCUGUAACAUGUUAGACAAUGCGUUAAAGCUUGUCUCUUGUUUUUACGAUUAAAAAUUUGUGAUGGAUUAAAAAAAUUCGUAAAAAGUUUGUAAAAGUUUAAAUUCAGCAAAAUUAAUAAAGAUAAAAAAUAAAAUUAAAAAACACAAAGGGAAAGAGGAUUCUCCACUGAGUUCCAAAAACAGAACCAAAGGUCCUCUCCUUCAAUUAGAAAACAAAGCCCGAGAUGGCAUGUUUAUGUUUUGUCUGUACCAAGCUGUGUAUCAUCUCCGACAUUGCUCUACUUGCCUGGCGUAGCUGCACUGGCAGUGGAGGCCGACAGAGGUCAGUGCCAGCUAAUCAUUUCAUUUACUCACACUCCGGGCUGGAUUUUGGGGGCCUGGCUUAAUUGCUCACCCGUGCCCGUCCGCGGCUCUUCCGAUAACGCAUAGAUCGAUCCUUGUUCGUUCGUCAUGAGUCACUGGGCCAAAACACAAUGCCAAACGCCGGGCUUGCCUUGUUUAGAAAACCCGAAACGGGCGGGAGGCACUGUGUGAAUUACUCGAAUCUUGAAAGUGAGUCAUUCCGUUGCAUACUAAUUAAAAUAUUAGUCAUGUUCACCGCUUCGCCUGGCUACCCAGCUCUUCCUCCAUCCCCUCCCCUCCGUUCUUCGCCACCCAGCCUUUCCCCCCUUUCCUCUCACACCCCCAUUCACCUCAUUCAGACACCCGACUCUCUCCCACCCACCCAUCCACCCGCAUCUCUUCCGGCGCAGUCCCACCCGUCUGUUGUUCCUCCCUGCACGGCCGGCAUCCUGCGGAGCAAUUUCUCAGACCGUGCCACUGAAGGCUCGGAGUAUUUAGUGUACGCACUGACGGGCAUCAGACUCGAGCUGUUUGGCGUCCGGGCUGUGCGUCAGACCAAAGUCGAGCAGCGUCAGACGAUGCUGUGCUGCAUUGCAAUCUGUCUUUCUCUCUCCCUCGUUCGACUCGGGAGGAAGGCGUGGCCGAACUUCCCGGGUAGCACUUCUUUGGCCGCUGCCUUUGUUCUUUUUCUAUCAUAACAUAGUCCGGAAAAAUUCAAACAUUUUUAUUGACCCCUGUAUCUCCCCAUGACAACUGCUUGUCCAUACCCUUUGAAAGUAUUUUUUUAAAACUUUUGUUUCAUUUUUUUUUGAAUGCAGUCAUGUAAGAAAACUAAUUGUUGACACAGGAAACAAAUUUCUACGCUCCAUCGCAAUUAAAAAUAAAUUCACUUCGUGAGACUGGGUAUCGACUGAAAUCACGAGUGAACUUUUUUUUUUUAGUUUCGAAAGUCUUGCUGAUCCGGUUUAUUCGUCGCAACCAAUAGGAACUGUGGUAAAAUUGCUGCUUUCGUGAAUUAUGCUCUAAUAUUUAUAGACCGAUGUCAAGGGAACUUUAAUGCGAGCACUUUCAAACAUGUUUGCUUGCUCCUUGUCAUCAAAGCUGGAUAAAGCAGUAAUUCACAAGGUCACUUGUAAUGAACGGGUGUCUGACCCACCCCACCCCCACAAAAAAAAAAAAAAUGGUGGGGAGGGGAGUAUGUGAGAAGGGGAAGGGACAUAAAAUGCAGACGGAUAGACAGGUGGAGGAAUUAUCGAGAGAUCUCAUUUCAUCCAAGCCUGAUUUAUUGAAUCACAUCCCUACAAGCCAAGUGACUAACUAUUCACAAACAACUUGGUGACAGUUCUACCCUCGUCUUUCGGAGGCAUCAGGGUCUGACAUAGGUAAGGAGACCAUGACCCGGAGUUCAAUCAUCGACAAUGACUCUGAUAGAUGUAGGUUUAGAAGCACGCGAUGCUGACCGCCAGACGCCGCAACAAAAACUCAAAACAGUUUUUAAAAAAAAAAAUCUGUUUUACCUUUUCUGUGCAAACUCAUGUUGACCAACUUUUCACACCUACAAGGUAUCACAUCUCAGCUUUGCACACUCGAAUUAAUUGAAUUAAUUCACCCCAGACUCCCACCCUUCUUGGCUGUACCCUCUCCCUCCUUUCUUCACCCGUAGCUUUCCUCCCUGUGUUUUCAGCCCUCGGUUAAUCUGAGUUGAUUACUUCAGCGACUCCUCCAUCUUCCAUUUCUGUCCAUGACUUGUGCCUUCGUACUGUUUGUGUGUGUGUGAACACACUCCAUGUUUCAAAGUGACCUUUUUUUAAAAGAACAACCCCACAUCCUGUUGGCAAACCAGUCAUCCGUUAAAAUAACAUUGUCUUUGUCUUCAACAUGCUGAGAGAGUAAGCCUACUCGUUACGUCACUGUGCCUUGCAAUUUAUUUAUUUACUUAAUUAGUUAAAUGGCAACGAGGCUGGUCUCAGUUAGGGACCAUAGAAAGUGAUGGAGGUUUGAACCUUGACAUGCUAUGUUAGGACGCCACAGAGUUCUAAGUGAGUGCUUUUAGUGUUUGAGGGAAAGGGAGGUGAUUUCACAGGUGGCGCUGUUGCCAGAGUAAGUGCUCCUUAGUUGUGUCGUCAUCUCGUUACAGCCCAGGGUUCGAUUCUCGUCUGUUCUCGAGUUUUUAUGGCCUGGUGCUUGUUUUCGCGUCUGUGUGGCUGCCAUCGUGACGCUUGUCAUUUCCGUUACACGUGCGCCUCACGACCAUUGUGAUUACAUAAGUCUCACAGCACAGCUGCAGUCCCUCCCAGCAUACCGGCGAAUCAUUAAUCCAGGGAAAAGUCCAUCAAAUCAGUUAACAUAUAUUUUUCUGUAAUUUUUGACUUCUCUUUAAAGAUGGUUUGUAGUCAUUUUUUUAAAUCCAAAAUAAAAUUCGUGGAGUUCCUGUCUCCCAAAGAAAGGGCGGAGAUGAUUAAGUGACUAGAACUGAGUCCUGCUCGUCGCAGCUUUUUUUGACAUUCAUGACAGAUGACAAAUGAUAUCUGUGACAAAUGACUGCACUCAACAUGGCGAUUGAGGAGAUGUGAGCUGCGUUCACCGCAAGGACCAACAAAGUCUAACGCCUUCUACUGGUCAUACUUAGUGGGUGAGUGUCGUUCACAGGAGGGAUGUUUUAGGGCUAGUGUAGGCUGACUAACCAACCACGGUCGUGCUAAUUAAUAAGAUGAGCUAACUGAUAAUGGUGAGCUAAUCAAUAAAUUAAUUGCAAGCUAACUAACAAGCUAAAGUGAGAUAACUACUUAGUCUAAUUAACUAAAGACGAGUAAAUAAGAGGUUCUAACUAAUAAGUUGAGGGUGAGCUAACUGACCAUCUGAAAAACAAAUCAGACGACCCCUGGUAUUUAGAAAUGCACUGUGCUGUGAGCAGCUGUAUACAGGCGUGUUCUUCUGUUUGUCCAUGCAAAGUUUCACGUUUCGUUUUGGUGAGUUCCCCGGAGUUUUGGUGAGUUACCUACAUUUUUGAAAGGCGGACACACACGUGCGCACUUUUCCUGCAUUCCCGUGCCUUCACAAACGUGUUAGAAAGUAGAUGUUUCGGUUUCUUGAAAACGGUUGUAUUUUGACCUUUGACCUGCCUUCGACGUUUUUCUUUUUUGUUUGUGUCUUUAAAGAUGUCGAGAAGGCCUUGUGCAAACAUUGCAUUCCAAGAUCACAGACUGGCAAGGACUUGAGUCUGUGGUCUGUGUCUUUAAUUAAUGUGCAUUUAUAACAUUCUUUUGAAGUUAAAUAUAAACUGUCUUUGUCUUUACUAAAUCUUCAAAGUCUGUCACAGUCCAGUAUUUUUUUUUUUUUACGACAGCUGUUAACAUUGUGGAUAUUGUGUGACAUUUGACCCCCGACUGGGUAUUAGGCAUAUUUACAUGUAUCAGAGAGCUUCUUAUUUCUCAAAUGUUAUCUUUAUGCCCCUUUUGGCACCAAAUAUUUGAAGCAUUCCUUAUUAUCUGGAGAUGUCCUGAUUUUGAUCUCUGAUGAGACCUGCGUUUUGAUUGGUCUAUCUUUUCAGUCACGUGCAAUUGCAUUUUUCGCUUGAGCUGUACAUCACGAUUAUUUAUUUGAACUAUUUUUCGCGAGAUUUAUUUACUUUAUUUCCCUGCUGUAUCACAGCCUGAGUCACUUUUACAUUGUGUAGUGGUUUUGACAACAUAUACAUUUUAAAUUAUGUCUACUUAUAUCUCUGGUCAUCAUGAAUCCUUAUUUACCUUAUUUGAAUUUGGUUAUGUAUACAUUAAAUAUCUUUGACAUAGUAUUUAUUUUAUUUCAUUGAACCUUGUAUUAUUUAUUCUAAUAUAAUAGUAAGUCGUAUAUGAUUGAUUUCUCUACAGAGUGUAAAGUUACCAUACAGCUUUAAUCAUUAAACAUUCUCGAAAUAUUUAUUUAUGUGCAAGUGGCAAUGCCUGCCUCAGUGAAAGUGUUUCCUAUAAUCAUAGCUGCAUGUUUUAUUAAAUUAUUUGAUUGCCUUUUGUGCUGCUGAUUAUAACAUCCUGCACUCGCCUUAGUGGCUCAGAGUUUGUGAAGUUUUUUUUUUUCCAAUGUUGACAUCACAGACCAAUGUCCUCCUCCCCCAAGUAAUUAAAAAAUAAAAGCGAAAACGGAACAAAAGAUUGAAAAGGGGUAAAAAGACGAACAAAUUUAAACAAAAAAAAAAAACACUCAAUCAUCCCUACAACUGUUUUUUUUUUUUUUUUUUUUUUUUUUGCCGUUAGUUCUGACUAUUGUUAACCGUCAUUGUAAGGAAAUCGGUGUCAUGGCGACGGCCUGAUGUUCACAGUGACGACAGACUCGACACUGAGUUUGAGCAGCGAUAAGCCUCACAAAUACAAUAAACAAAGUCCAGUUUACCAAAAAAAAAAAAAAAAAAAAAAAAAAAAAAAUGUCCAGCUAUUCAUUCAACUUUCUUCCAAAUAAAUCUAAAUUUAAUUUAAUAGAAAUAAUAUAAUAUCCAACCUUGUAUUUUGCCAUUUGUGGUCCAGAGACCUUUUUUUCUGAUGUAAAUACGAUUGUAGAGUACUACGGUUUAUCACAUAUUGAAAUAUAUUCACGCAUGAGCGUUAGAAUUCUGUACAGAAAUAUAAGUUUUCUGGAAUAAUCGUGUAUGUGCAAUAAAUUGUAACAUAAGUCUGAUAUUUUCUUUGAUUCAAAGUGUAAAGGGCGCCAUUUGAACCCCCCUCACCCCGUUUCCUACCCCCUAAAUAAUCUGUGCAGGCAAUUCAUUGCCUUUGACUCCCAAAUAUCAGUAUUGCACUUUUAAAAAAUUAUCCUUGGCAGUCAGUGUCACUGCCAUUGCGACUGCCAAAAGCUAUAUAAACACUUAUUUCUGCCAAAAAGAAAAAAAGUCGUAUUUUUGUUAGCAUUGACAAGAGAAUUGUGUUGAAUUGUGUCAAAGUCUAUAAUACGAGAUAUUUCCAUAGUAACUAGGCCGGUCAACAGCUGAAAGGAAUUUAUAAAUGAAUCCGUUGAGCUGAGCCCAUCUGUAAAUACAAACAAGAUGGCCGAUGUUGGAUGUUUAGUUAGCGCUUGAAAGCUUUGAACGCCCUCUAGUGCCUGCUGAAGAAAUUAUUGCGACAUUUGUACACGUGACAAGACAUUACAGCCACCGGGGCAUGUAUAUGAGAUUGUGACACUGGCAAUUUAUGCCCUGUUCAGCAGGUCCUUACACCCUGUCAUGACUCCCUGCCUUGCCCAGUGGGCUACAAUCAUUUUUUUUAAUUGCCAUAAAUAAGAUCUUCCCGGAUUUGUCCUGUUUCAACAAACACACAUUUGUGAUUUUAUUAUCAGUCAGAACAUCAUUAAAUAUACAUGUGCAUAGCCUUAUCCUUAGCCUUAUCUCUGGUGAGAUUAGUUUGUUGUGUGACUGAGUUCACAUGGUCUACAUACAGCAUUGUUUCCCAAAGCCUUGAUUUUGCAGAAGGAAGCACUAAGUGCCAAUAUGGAUGUUGUUGGAAACAAUCCGACACAUUUUACCAGCGCUGCUCUUCUUCUUGAAUAGUUUCUCGGAGUUUGUAUAUAUAUCGGCAAAAUAAAUAAAAAUAAAAAUAAAAGAGCUGAUAGUUAACUUGCUGAGGUGAUCGAUGUGCUGAGCUUAACGGACAUUUUAUGUGUUGAAAAAUAAUGUUUCCACGUAUACAGGCACUGACUUUUCUAACAUUUAUUGAAUGCUGAUGCAUGCUGUGUGACACUAUUGCCAAAGUACCAAAUGUUUGUUGAAAUAUUGUAUCUUCUUGAUGUAUCCUGUACAUGCUUGUCAAGAUGAAAAUAAACAGUGGAUGUUAAAGACA